AUGGGGAAGAGCCGCGAGAUGCGCCUGACUCACGUCUGCUGCCUUCUCUACCAGCUGGGGGUCCUGUCGAAUGGGAUAGUUUCAGGGCUGCAGUUCGCCCCCGACCGCGAGGAGUGGGAAGUCGUGUUUCCUGCGCUCUGGCGCCGGGAGCCGGUGGACGCGGCCGGCGGCAGCGGGGGCAGCGCGGACCCAGGCUGGGUGCGCGGCGCCACGGGCGGCGGAGGCGCCCGGGUUCAGGCGGCCGGCAGCUCCCGCGAGGUGCGCUCCGUGGCCCCGGUGCCGCCCCAGGAGCCCGCGGAAGGCCGGUCAGAGCCCCGGCCCCGACCCCCGCCGCCGGGGGGCGAAGAAGACGAGGAGCUCGAAUCGCAGGAGGUGCCGCGGGGAUCCAGCGGGGCUGCCGCCCUGUCCCCGGGCGCCCCGGCCUCGUGGCAGCCGCCGCCCCCAUCUCCCCCCCCGGCUCAGCAAGCAGAGCCGGACGGCGACGAGGUACUGCUGCGGAUCCCGGCCUUCUCUCGGGACCUAUACCUGCUGCUCCGGAGAGACGGCCGCUUCCUGGCGCCGCGCUUCGCGGUGGAACAGCGGCCGAGUCCGGGCCCGGGCCCGGGCCCCACGCGGGCAACAGCCGCCCCGCGCCCUCCGGCGCCACCCGACGCCUCCUGCUUCUACACCGGGGCUGUGCUGCGGCACCCUGGCUCGCUGGCCUCUUUCAGCACCUGCGGAGGUGGCCUGAUGGGAGUCAUACAGCUCAAUGAGGACUUCAUAUUUAUUGAACCACUCAAUGAUACAAUGGCCAUAACGGGUCACCCACACCGUGUAUAUAGGCAGAAAAGGUCCAUGGAGGAAAAAGCCACAGAGAAGUCAGCUCCUCACGGUCAUUACUGUGGUGUCAUUCCAGAUAAAGGAAGAACUAGAUCUAAAAAAAUAACAGAAAGUGGAAGAGGGAAACGAUAUUCAUACAAAUUACCUCAAGAAUACAACAUAGAGACUGUAGUGGUUGCAGACCCAGCAAUGGUUUCCUAUCAUGGAGCAGAUGCAGCCAGGAGAUUCAUUCUAACCAUCUUAAAUAUGGUUUUUAACCUUUUCCAACACAAGAGUCUUGGUGUGCAGGUCAAUCUUCGUGUGAUAAAGCUUAUUCUGCUCCAUGAAACUCCAGCAGAUCUAUAUAUUGGGCAUCACGGAGAGAAAAUGCUAGAGAGCUUUUGUAAGUGGCAACAUGAAGAAUUUGGCAAAAAGAAUGAUAUACAUUUAGAGAUGUCAACAAGCUGGGGAGAGGACAUGACUUCAGUGGAUGCAGCUAUACUUAUAACAAGGAAAGAUUUCUGUGUACACAAAGAUGAACCAUGUGAUACUGUUGGUAUAGCUUACUUGAGUGGAAUGUGUAGUGAAAAGAGAAAAUGUAUUAUUGCUGAAGACAAUGGCCUGAACCUUGCAUUUACAAUUGCUCAUGAAAUGGGCCACAACAUGGGGAUUAAUCAUGACAAUGACCACCCAUCAUGUGCUGAUGGUCUUCAUAUCAUGUCUGGUGAAUGGAUUAAAGGACAAAAUCUCGGUGAUGUCUCGUGGUCCCAAUGUAGCAAGGAAGAUUUGGAAAGAUUUCUAAGGUCAAAGGCCAGUAACUGCUUGCUACAGACAAAUCCCCAGAGUGUCAAUUCCGUGAUGGUUCCCUCCAAGUUGCCAGAGAUGACAUACACUGCUGACGAGCAAUGUCAGAUUCUCUUUGGGCCAUUGGCUUCCUUUUGUCAAGAGAUGCAGCAUGUUAUUUGCACAGGGUUGUGGUGCAAGGUAGAAGGGGAAAAAGAAUGCAGAACCAAACUAGAUCCACCAAUGGAUGGAACUGAUUGUGACACUGGUAAGUGGUGUAAGGCUGGAGAGUGUACCAGCAGGACCUCAGCACCUGGACUCGUGGCUGGAGAGUGGAGCAUGUGGAGUCCCUGUAGCCGAACCUGCAGUUCUGGGAUCAGCAGUCGAGAGCGCAAAUGUCCUGGGCUAGGUUCUGAAGCAAGGGAUUGUAAUGGUCCCAGAAAACAAUACAGAAUAUGUGAGAAUCCACCUUGUCCUGCAGGUUUGCCUGGAUUCAGAGACUGGCAAUGUCAGGCCUAUAGUGUUAGAACUUCGUACCCAAAGCAUGUACUUCAGUGGCACGCUGUCACGGAUGAAGAAAAACCAUGUGCCUUGUUUUGCUCUCCUGUUGGAAAAGAACAGCCUAUUCUUCUAUCAGAACAAGUGUUGGAUGGAACUUCUUGUGGAUAUCAGGGAUUAGAUAUCUGUGCAAAUGGCAGGUGUCAGAAAGUUGGCUGUGAUGGUUUAUUAGGGUCUCUUGCAAGGGAAGAUCAUUGUGGUGUAUGCAAUGGCAAUGGAAAAUCAUGCAAAAUCAUUAAAGGAGAUUUUAAUCACACCAGAGGAGCAGGUUAUGUAGAAGUGUUGGUGAUACCUGCUGGAGCAAGAAGAAUCAAAAUUGUGGAGGAAAAGCCGGCACACAGCUACUUAGCUCUCCGAGACACUGGAAAACAGUCUAUUAAUAGUGACUGGAAGAUUGAACACUCUGGAGCAUUCAACUUAGCGGGAACUACUGUCCAUUAUGUAAGACGAGGUCUCUGGGAGAAGAUCUCCGCCAAAGGUCCUACUACAUCACCAUUACACCUCCUGGUGCUGCUGUUUCAAGACCAGAAUUAUGGUCUUCAUUAUGAAUACACUAUCCCGUCAGACCCUGUACCAGAGAAUCAGAGCUCCAAAGCACCUGAACCCCUUUUCAUGUGGACACACACAGGCUGGGAAGAUUGCGAUGCCACGUGUGGAGGAGGAGAAAGGAAGACAACAGUGUCUUGCACGAAAAUCAUGAACAAAAAUAUCAGCAUUGUGGACAAUAAGAAAUGCAAAUACUUAACCAAGCCAGAGCCACAGAUUCGCAAGUGCAAUGAGCAACCGUGCCAAACAAGAUGGAUGAUGACAGAAUGGACCCCAUGUUCACGAACUUGUGGAAAAGGGAUGCAGAGCAGACAAGUGGCCUGUACCAAGCAGCUGAGCAAUGGAACCCUGAUGAGAGCCCAGGAGAGGGACUGCGCCGGGCCCAAGCCGGCCUCCACUCAGCGCUGUGAGGGCCAGGACUGCAUGACCGUGUGGGAGGCGGGCGUGUGGUCCGAGUGUUCAGUGAAGUGUGGCAAGGGCGUACGUCAUCGGACCGUGAGGUGUACUAACCCCAGAAAGAAAUGUGUCCUCUCCACCAGACCCAGGGAGGCUGAGGACUGCGAGGAUUACUCCAAAUGCUAUGUGUGGCGAAUGGGUGACUGGUCUAAGUGCUCAAUUACCUGUGGCAAAGGAAUGCAGUCCCGUGUUAUUCAGUGCAUGCAUAAGAUCACAGGAAGACAUGGAAAUGAAUGUUUUUCUUCCGAAAAACCUGCAGCAUACAGGCCAUGCCACCUUCAGCCCUGCAAUGAGAAGAUUAAUGUAAAUACUAUAACAUCACCCAGGCUGGCUGCUCUGACUUUCAAGUGCCUGGGAAAUCAGUGGCCUGUGUACUGCCGGGUAAUACGUGAGAAGAACCUCUGUCAGGACAUGCGGUGGUAUCAGCGCUGCUGUGAGACGUGCAGGGACUUCUAUGCCCAAAAGCUGCAGCAGAAGAGUUGACCUCUAGCAGGCUGGCUGGCUAACAGCUCUUUGCAAUUACAUUAUUUAUAAACACACACACUAGCAUGUUUUUCAGACCAAAUAUUAUCAGAUUACAUAUAAUUUAAUCAAAUUAAUUUAUUUUUUUGCCUGCCACACAUCCAAUAUGGUGUUUGUUUUGGUUCUACAAACAUUUUGAUUUAUACUAUAUGGCUUCAUAAAUAAUUUUAUACAAAUAAGUUGGAUCCAGUUUCCGGAAUAAAAAUAAAAAGGGAAAAAGAAAAAACCAAGAUCUUUAGGCUUUAAAAAAACCAAAAAAAACACAUUUUUUUAAAUUAGGGCCGUCUCUAAGAUGCUACUCUCUCCCCGACAAUACCAUUGAGUUAUCCAGAAUGUAUACUAAUUUAGCAUAAUAGUUUAGUUAUAUAUGGAGAGAAAUCAUUUUUGUUUUUUGGUAUCCUGAUGCAAAACUAGCCCAUUUUCUGUAAUCUGCAGUAGAUGUGUCAACAUAACAAACCUCAUAGUGUU